AUGCGUUCCUCCACCAUCAUCUCUGCCCUCGCGUGCUUCGCCACUGGCGUUCUCUCUCUCCCUGCGCCUGCCAGCAUCAGCGGCGCCUCCGCUCUCGCCACACCUUCCGGCAUGCCCGCCGCGCCAUCCGGCUCCGGCCUCCCCACUCCUCCUGCCGCCCCUGCAGGCAUGCCCAACGGUACCCUCCCCUGCCCUCCCAUGUUCAUGCCCAACAUGACCCUCGGCGCCGGUAAUAUGACCCUCCCUACCCCUAUGAACGGCACGCUCCCCUCGCCACCCACCGUGGCCAACGGCACCAUCGUCGCUCCGGGCAUGAUCAACGGCACCCACAUCGGCCCCGGCCCAGUCAACGGUACCGCCAUGAUCAACGGCACCAUGACCAACGCCACUAUCGUCAAUGGUACCAUGCUCCUCCCUAUGCCUGCGAACGGCACCGCUCCUGCUGGCGUCUGCGGUAUCCCCCUCCCGGUCGCUAACGGUACCGCUCCCUCCCCUCUUGCCGGUGCGAACGGUACCGCUCUUCCUUCACCUCCGUCCGGAUCCAUGUCCGCUCCCGUCCUCCCCUCGGCGUCAGCUACUAUGUACACGCACUUUCUGCUACCAGUCUGGCAGCUCUUGGACUUGCAACAUAGCAGCUCAGCCACUGGUGCCAUUUGCGGAUGCGAUCAAAGCGGACCCCAGCCAGCACAGAGUCGCGAAUCAGGCUAA